CUGGACCGGGGCGUUUGCUACCAUGUCGUUCUACCAGUCGACGCGCGCGAUCCUGAUGGACAACGGUGAAGAGGAGGACAGGCAGCACCAGCGGGAGGUGCGACUGAUAACUGUCGUGCUCACCAUCCUGUCCUGUAUCAGUAUGGCCAUAGGUCUUGUGGUUCUCGCCCUGGGCCUGGUGAUCCUGUCCGCCGAAGCGGGAGUCCUCUCCUACCUGAGCGGCUGCAACAUGACUCUCGGUGUCGCGAUGUUCUUGGCAGGUCUGUUUGAGAUCGUCUGCGCGUGCACGCGGAGAGCGACCGGUUGCAUGAUCUUCCUGUACGACAUGUUUGCUGUAGUGUCCAUCAUCGCCGCCAUCGUGGAUAUCGACACCAUGCGGCGGUGGCUGCAGUACCAGGAGGGACCGCAGCAUGCCGUGCCUGUGGCCGUAGAGUACACCUGUCUCAUGUUGGCUGCGAUAGGGUUUUGCCUGACGGCGGGGAGCUGUGUGCUGGUGUGCCGCGUCUCUCAGGAGCAGGAGCGGCUACUGUUCGAGGACACCUACGGCCUGGGGACGGACAAGUGAAGCACCUGCCACACAUCAUGAGCCGAAAUAUGGCCUCCCGAACACUGGCCGAACUUUCCUCAACCAUGGUUAGGAAA